UCAGUCUGUAGAAGGGCUUCAGCCCGAAACGUUGCCUAUUUCCUUCGCUCCAUAGAUACUGCUGCACCCGCUGAGUUUCUCCAGCAAUUUUGUGUACCUUCGAUCUUCCAGCAUCUGCAGUUCCUUCUUGAACACAACGAGUUGAAGCGCUGGUGGUUGAUGCACUUUCAAAUACCAUGAUACAGAGUAGGAUCGCAGCAAUUUGUCUCAACUGCUUCAUAAUCAUGCCGUGAUCAGGGUCUGUUGCAACAAGUAUCCUAGAGGGACUGAGGAUUUGGAUUCACAACUGAGGAUUUGUCACCAAAGUUUGCUUUAUUUCCUGCUGGUCAGAAUGAAGUGCGGGGCCCGUACCCACACGGAUAUACUGAUCCACCAACUCGUUGGAAAGUUUCUUCUGCAUGUUGUUGAAAAAUUCCAGCUCUAUUCUGUGCCCAGGUGUCCACAAGGACAACUUUAUUGAAGCAUCAUGAGGAUCUCCAUGAAACAAAAAUGGACUUGGAUAGGGAGGAGCUGCAUUCUAAUCAGUUUACUAUGGAUUACUUAUGUUAUUGUUGAACUGUCAGUGUCUACACUCCCAAGCUCUGCUGGACAGAGCAAUGGUGAGGGCUGGAAGAUCAAAGCUUAUUCAAACGAUGAGGAAAGUGAGGACCUGUCACGUCCAGUUUAUGAGAAAUCUGCUGUCAAUAUGUACAGUCCUGGGGAGAUGGGUAAAGCUGUGCAUCUGACAUUAAAUGCCGAGGAGAAAAAACAAGAGGAGGAUAGUAUUGAAAGAUAUGCUAUUAAUGUUUACACGAGUGACAAAAUAUCACUCCAUCGCCAUAUCAAGGAUGACCGAAUGUAUGAAUGUAAAACAAAGAAAUACAACUACAGGCAGCUUCCUACAACUUCUGUAAUUAUUGCAUUUUAUAAUGAAGCUUGGUCCACACUUCUCCGCACAAUUCAUAGUGUACUGGAAACCUCUCCUGCUGUUCUCCUGAAAGAACUCAUACUAGUAGAUGACUACAGUGAUCGAAUUUAUCUGAAGUCCCAACUGGAGCAAUACAUCAGUAACCUUCAGCGAGUACGGCUUAUUCGAACCAAUAAAAGGGAGGGACUGGUACGUGCUCGAUUGAUCGGUGCUACUUUCUCAACUGGAGAAGUGCUCACAUUUCUGGAUUGUCACUGUGAAUGUGUCCCUGGUUGGCUGGAGCCCCUGCUGGAGAGGAUUAGAGAGAAUGAAACUGCAAUUUUAUGUCCAGUUAUUGAUACCAUCGAUUGGAACACUUUUGCAUUUUACAUGCAGACCGGAGAACCGAUGAUUGGUGGCUUUGACUGGCGCCUGACUUUCCAGUGGCAUAGUGUUCCCGAGCAUGAAAGAAAUCGUAGGAAAUCAAGAAUUGACCCAAUCAGGUCACCAACUAUGGCCGGAGGGCUGUUUGCAGUCAGUAAAAAGUACUUUGAAUACCUGGGCACCUAUGAUACAGGGAUGGAAGUAUGGGGAGGUGAGAAUUUAGAACUGUCUUUUAGGGUGUGGCAAUGCAAAGGCUCCUUGGAAAUCCAUCCAUGUUCACAUGUUGGCCAUGUUUUUCCAAAGCGAGCUCCAUAUGCUCGACCAAACUUCCUGCAGAACACUGUGCGAGCAGCUGAGGUGUGGAUGGAUGAAUACAAAAUACAUUUUUACUAUCGAAAUCCGCCUGCUAGAAAGGAAAAAUAUGGCGAUAUUUCUGAAAGGAAACUACUCCGAGAUCGUUUGCAGUGUAACAGUUUCCACUGGUAUUUGAAGACCAUAUACGCAGAAUUGCAUGUACCAGAGGAUCGUCCCAACUGGCAUGGGGCGAUUCGCUCGGAAGGGGUUCGUUCUGAAUGCCUGGAUUACAAUGCACCAGAUCAUAACCCUACAGGAGCACAUCUGUCCUUGUUUGGAUGCCAUGGUCAAGGAGGUAAUCAGUAUUUUGAAUAUACAUCCAAAAAGGAAAUUCGAUUUAAUUCUGUGACUGAACGAUGUGCGGAAGUAACCAAAGGACAAAGUACCAUUGGAAUGAAGUUUUGUCCAUCAGAUGAUUCCCCUGUUCCAGAUUCCAUUAUAUGGGAAUUUAAACCGGAUGGAACGAUCUUCCACCCCAAGUCUAAUAAGUGUAUAAGUACUUACCAUACGGCUGAAGGACGGAUGGAUGUUGAAAUGAGACUUUGCAAUUCACUAGACAAUAAUCAAAUCUGGCAUUUUGAAUAGAAAUUAGACGCAAUUUUACACAGAAAACUCUCAAGAUACUUUGGCCUUAUCUGUCGAAGUGAGAUUAUUGCUACAGUUAAUAUUUAACGCGCACAAGUUAAAUGCAAAUUGUAUCACCAUUGUGCCUUAUGAUGUGUGUGAAAGAGAUGAUGGUAGGGCAGGUUUGGGUGGAUGAAGACGUGGUUUAAUUAUGAAUGCUCGUCAUUCUGCGUGCUAUUUGUUUUUUGUGCCUGAAUCUUGGCUUCAAUGUAUGAGUUUUGAUUUUUUUUUUUCUCUUCUCUCACCACUAAUCUGUUUUGUUGACUUGAAUGAGUUUAUAUUGCUAUGUAAUUUGUGAAAUCUGGCAUGAUUUGCCUUAUUUUGAAAAGGGAAAAAGAUUGCAGGCUACAAUCAAGAACUAAUUAAAUAAUUCACUGUUUCAGAAUGUGAAGAGAAAUUUUAGGUUGAAUUUCUACUGAAUUUAAAAAAUGUGGUUCAGCAUACAAAUUAUGAUAAGGUUAAAAAUGGUUAUGAUUUGAUAGCCACUUACAAUGCAGGAGCAAAGGGAAAGAAUGUCUAAUGCAAACUAAAAACACAUGAAAUGAACUGCUGAUUUGGAAUUCUAAGAAUAAAUUAUCAUUGUUUUAAAAGAAUAA